AUGGGUGUUAAGGACAUCUUGUCACGCAAGGAGGGCGUCAUCGUUGGUGACGACGUGCUCAACCUCUUCAAGUACGCUCAAGAGCACAACUUCGCCAUUCCUGCCAUUAACGUGACCUCAUCUUCGACUGUCGUUGCAGCCCUGGAAGCUGCUCGCGACGCCAAUGCGCCUAUCAUUCUACAGGCCUCUCAGGGAGGUGCUGCUUACUUUGCUGGCAAGGGCGUCAAGAACGACAAGCAGCAAGCGUCUAUUGCCGGUGCGGUUGCUGCAGCUCACUAUAUCCGUUGUGUAGCGCCUGCCUACGGCAUCCCCGUCGUUCUGCACACCGACCACUGCGCGAAGAAGCUCCUCCCUUGGCUCGAUGGUAUGAUGGACGCGGAUGAAGCCUACUUCAAAGAGCACGGCGAGCCUCUGUUCUCCUCACACAUGAUUGACUUGUCUGAAGAGGCUGUCGACUGGAACAUUGAGACAACUGCCAAAUACCUGAAGCGGGCCGCUCCCAUGAAGCAAUGGCUCGAAAUGGAAAUCGGGAUCACUGGUGGCGAGGAAGAUGGUGUCAACAACGAGGACGUCGACAACAACUCUCUGUACACCCAGCCCGAAGAUAUCCACCUCAUCUACACCACCUUGAAAAAGAUCUCUCCCUAUUUCUCCAUCGCAGCUGGUUUCGGCAACGUUCAUGGCGUGUACAAGCCUGGCAACGUCCGUCUCCACCCGGAAUUGCUCGACAAGCACCAGAAGUACGUCAAGGAGAAGGAGUCAACUAAGAGCGACAAACCCGUCUUCCUGGUCUUCCACGGUGGCUCCGGCUCGAGCAAAAAGGAAUACACGGACGCCAUCGGCUUCGGCGUGGUCAAGGUCAACCUCGACACUGACCUGCAAUAUGCCUACCUGACCGGUAUCCGCGACUAUGUUCUCAACAAGAAGGACUACCUGAUGAAGCCAGUCGGCAACCCUGAAGGUGAAGACAAGCCCAACAAGAAGUACUUCGAUCCACGUGUGUGGGUCCGUGAGGGCGAGAAGACAAUGAGUGCCCGCGUGGCCGAGGGACUGAAGGACUUCAACACCGCGAACCAGCUGUAA